UCAGAGCAUUUCUGCUGUCUCUUUGUAACCUCAGUGUUUUGGCUUUAGAUUUCUUAUUUCUAAUUGAGAAGAUGUCCAUUCAAGGACUAUCCCUGAUUUUUCCACUGUUGUUUUUCUGUUUCUUUGGGGAGAGCCUCUGCAUUUCUGACGGGAUUAUAUGGAGAAGGAUUGGAUGGGAGAUUCUUCCAGAAGAAAUGUCCUCUCUGAAAUUUGAGCUUCCUCAAUUAUACUGUUUACCUUACACUCUGGGCAAACUAUGCUACGAUUUUGCCGAUAUGGAUACAUUUCAGACUUUUUUAAAACUUUGUUUUGUUUUAAUACAAGCUCUCAUUUUCAUCCUGUCUGUCUUAUCUGCACAUUACCUGUGGAUGAAAUGGAAGAAGUACAAGGAAAAGCUGGAAGAACAAGCCUCCUCAGCUCAUAGGAAUGUUCUAAAAAGCAUCUGCAUCCAGGAAACUGACCAAAUGCUCUACAAGGUGGUGGUCACAGAAUCAAUGAUAAAAAACUACCUGAAUCAGAUGUCUUGCCAUCUUCCAGCUAAGAAAUUCAAGUGCCGAAAACUAAAGAAGAGGGGUAAAAGAUCUAAUCAUGAAGUUGAAGAUUAUUGA